AUGAGGUGUGCACCUCUGGUUCCAGGUCAGGAAGACUACGACCGCCUGCGGCCCCUCUCCUAUCAGAACGCUCACCUGGUGCUCAUUUGCUAUGACGUCAUGAACCCCACCAGCUAUGACAACGUCCUCAUCAAGUGGUUCCCUGAGGUGACACAUUUCUGCCGCGGGACUCCCGUGGUGCUCAUCGGCUGCAAGACUGACUUGAGGAAGGACAAGGAACAGCUGCGGAAGCUGCGCGCAGCCCAGCUGGAACCCAUCACCUACUCACAGGGCCUGAGCGCCUGUGAACAGAUGCGGGCCGCACUCUACCUGGAGUGCUCGGCCAAGUUCCGGGAGAACGUGGAGGAUGUCUUCCGAGAAGCCGCCAAGGUGGCCCUCAGGGCUCUGAAGAAAGCUCAGCGGCAGAAAAAGCAGCGGCUCUGCCUGCUCCUGUGACCCCGAGGCCAGCGGAAACGGAACUGACCACCCUGGGCAAGCCCCGUCCCGCUCUGCAGCCCUGGGGGUCUGGAGCUAGUCUUAGAACCUCCUGGAACUCUCCAUGAACUCACCUUUGGGCUCACCCUGGAGUAGAGUGGUGAACAAGGGGACUGGACCUGGGGGUGCGCCCAAGACUCGAGGGCCAGUACCUCCAGCCCCACCCCAGCGUGUGCCACGGUGCGACUACGUGGGGAAAAUGUGGGUCUGCACCGGUCCACGUGGGCACCCAAGCCCGUGGCUCCCGGGGUAGGCAGGGCCACAGCCUCCAGCCUCCCCCACACACCUGGGCUCCAGACGCCCAGGGGGAGAAGCAGCAUCUGUGAAAACUCAGGUUGCCUUGGGGCGCACAUCUGUCCCCUGCUUAGGGGUGGACCUAGGAAAGCACCCUUCCUAUUGGAGACUCCUGAUGGAAGCUUCCACCAGCCCCCUGGGGACCUAAGGCAAGUCAUUCUCUCUCUAGACUGUCCCCAUGGGUGAAGGGGGAGCUAGACGGCUGCCGUGGUCUAGACCCCCACCUUCCGCCGCUGAUGGGCUCUGCUCGCAUGGGGUGUGGCACUCUGAGUCCAGGCCCGGCCUUCUUCAGAACUGACCGUUUCCACAGGCCAGUGGUCAAAGCUGGCCCCCAGACUGCCUGCCACUUGCUGACGGCCAGAUUCCUGCACCCUGAGCCUCCUCCAGGGGGGUCCAGAUGAGCCAGGAUGCCAGGGAAGGACACUUCUGAGCCCUCCCACCCCAACCCAUGGCUCUCCUGACCCCCGGGGAGCCAACAAUGGGCUCCCUAUUCCUGUACAGUCCCCAACCUCACGGACAAUUGACAGGGUGGGGAAGAGGUCAGCAACCACAGCCCGGGCCUGGUCUGGUCAACUGCCUGUUUUGUAAAUAAAGUUUUAUUGGAACAAGG